CAGUCCCUCCCUGUAAUCUGUAAUCUGUAAUUUACUUCGCAGUAAGUUAAUUCCUAUAUCGAGGGCGUACUCCUGUAAAACGCGGGUGUAAACUCUCCGAGCUAAAGACUCCUUCGCUUCUGAAUGGCCUCGCUGACGAAUGGACGUGUACUUGCAUAUCUGCAUAAGUGAGCACACAAAUGUACAUGCGUACUUGCUCGAGCAUUAUAUACGCCUCUGGGUGGUGAUCGAGCUCGUCAUUUGCGUGCAAGCCACGAGUGCGAGAGAUUAUUAAUCGCACCUGAAGUCGACGAUUCGUCCUCGAUACUCCGAUAAAGGAAAUUCGCCGAUUGUUCAACAAUCACUUCCUCCGUUAAUUUCCCCGAGAAACAAGUGUCGUGAUUUAAAUUGGCCCCGUUAUUUCCGUCGGAAAGAUUUUUGAAGAUAUUUCAAGACGCUUUUCUUCGCGCCUAUUAGCGAUGGCUUUUCGACGGUAAUUUAUUCAGGAGUGUUCGGGAACUUAUGACAGUUUUUUCGGGAAUUUUAUUCGGACAAUAUUAGGUAUGGCGGUUGCAAGAAAUAUUAGGCAAAGGAGAGUUCCCUUAAGAUAGAAGUGACACCGUGGAUUAUGGGAACUUAUCGGGGCGAAAUGGCCGUCGAAGGAAACGAAAAUUCGUCCCCCACGUGGAGAAUCAGCGAAGGAGUACCUUUGACCGAUUUAAGGGAUCGAUCCUGCGAGGCCGAUCUCGUUCAAUUCCGGCGAUAUGACACCUUGAAGAUGGAAACGGCGGCGAUUGAUGUGACACCCCGGACGACGAUGUCGAGAAAUUUUGUCAAUGGGGAUAACUCGUUGCACGUCUCCUUCAGGCCGAUUAUAAUCAUGGCUCAAUGUUUCUCCGUACUUCCGGUCAGCGGUAUUAAUUCCCCCGAUCCUUCGAACUUGAAAUUCACCUGGAGGAGUCCACGGAUCCUCUACUGUGGGAUCUCCUUUUUAAGUGCAUCGCUUAUGACGAUCUUUUGCGUGAUCCAUCUGGCCAGGACUGACAUCACCUCGACGAAGACUACGAGCGCUGUAUUUUUUGGGACCUCUUGCAUGACGACUUUGCUCUUCCUGCAACUCGCCACUCGAUGGCCGUCCUUUGUCCUGGCUUGGAAUAAAUUCGAACGGGAGAGAACUUCUCCCAGAAACGUUUCCAGGAUCAGUUUGGCCCUUCGGUUCAGAAUUCUCACGGUAGUCAUCAUGGGCUUGGCUUUCGUCGAGCACACUUUGUCGAUUCUUUCUGGAUACAGCAGUGCCGUGGAGUGCGUUGCAGUCCGCGGAGAUUCCGACAUCCUUAGCGUCUACUUUGAGUCGCAAUUCCCUCAGGUUUUCACAAGGACCCCCUACGCCCACUGGAAAGGAGCAGUAGUCCUGAUGCUGAACAUUCUGAGCACCUUCUCCUGGAACUUCAUGGACCUCUUCUUAAUCCUUAUCAGCGUCGCUUUGACCGACCAGUUUCGCCAGCUAAAUCGAAGACUGGACUUGACGAAGGAAAAGAUUAUGUCCGAUCGUUGGUGGUCCGAGGCGAGGACCGACUACAAUCGAUUGGCCAUCUUGAGCAGAUUGGUCGACUCCAACGUGUCCGAAAUCGUCCUUCUCUCCUUUGCAAAUAACCUUUACUUCAUCUGCAUCCAACUUCUGAAUUCUGUCAAUUACAAGCCAAUGCGAGAUGCCAUACACACAAUUUACUUCUGCUUCUCCUUCGGGUUCCUUCUUGCAAGGACAGCAGCGAUGUCCUUGUUCGCAGCAGCAGUUCACGACGAGUCCUUGCUUCCUGCCCCGGUUCUUUACGGCGUUUCCAGUUCCAGCUACUCCUCAGAGGUCCUCAGGUUCCUUCUGCAAGUUACCACCGACAACAUUGCAUUAUCGGGCAUGAAGUUCUUUUCGAUCACCAGGAGCUUGGUUCUUACCGUCGCAGGGACCAUUGUCACCUACGAAUUGGUCCUGGUCCAGUUUAAUGCCGUCCAACAAUCGGACUCUUUGCAAAUCAAUAUUACUACUGCUUGCAUGAUUAGAACGAGUCUAUUUGCACGGAAACUGUUGGCUUUUCACAUUCUAAUACACGCUGGACCAACUGAGAUCUCAUUACCCUGCGUUGAUUUACCUUUUGACUCAACUAUCUCGUUUACAACUUCACCAUUCAGUCUUUAACAUUUUUACCAUUAGCCAAUUCCACUAAGAAAUUUAUUAUACUCUUCUAUUUUCUGUUUUAGCCUUAUUACAUGCAAUAACGCAACCCUCGCGUUUUCGUUCGUUCAGGAAAACAAAAUUGAGAAAUUUCGAAGAAAGGAGAGGGCAACAGUUCCAACGAUUGUUUAAUAUUUAUUACCUAACAGCGAUAAUGUAACGU